GCGGUUUCUAGCCCGCUCCGCUGAGCGGCCGGACUGGGCAGCUGCGAGGGCUGCUCGACCCAGCCUGAGGCCUCGGCGUCCGCCUCCCGCGGUGCCCUCGGAUCUCCCGAGGACCUUGUGUCCCCGCGGCUUCCUUGGGCUGGCUUUAGACGACGCUUUCGCCUUCCUAGUGCCUAGGAUCCGCCGACAUGAAUCCCAUCGUGGUGGUCCACGGCGGCGGGGCCGGCCCCAUCUCCAAGGAUCGGAGGGAGCGAGUGAGCCAGGGUGUCGUCAGAGCCGCCACCGUGGGCUACUGCAUCCUCCGGGAGGGCGGGAGUGCUGUGGAUGCCGUGGAGGGAGCUGUGGUUGCCCUGGAAGAUGAUCCUGAGUUCAACGCAGGUAAAUGUGCCUUUCAACUAGUAAAUAAUAUGUCUGCUAUUCAGCACAUUGAGGAAGAAAAGAGUAGAGCUGAAAAGAAGGAAAGCAAAGAUUCUGGGGGGAAAGGUGGGACUUUUAACAGCCCAAAAACCAAUCAUUUUCUCUUCUUUCUGGCUCAGACACCUCACUGCUUUCUGACUCACCACGGUGCAGCACAAUUUGCAGCAGCUAUGGGAGUUCCAGAGAUUCCUGCAGAAAAACUGAUAACAGAGAGAAACAAAAAGCGUCUGGAAAAAGAGAAGCGAGAAAAAGAUGAUCAGAAAACAGAUUGUCAAAAAAACUUGGGAACCGUGGGUGCUGUUGCCUUGGACUGCAAAGGGAAUGUGGCCUACGCAACCUCUACAGGGGGUAUCGUUAAUAAAAUGGUCGGCCGCGUUGGGGACUCACCAUGUGUAGGAUCCGGAGGUUAUGCUGACAGUAACAUCGGAGCCAUCUCAACCACAGGGCACGGGGAAAGCAUUCUGAAGGUGAACCUGGCCAGACUCACUCUGUACCACAUGGAACAAGGAAAGACACUAGAAGAGGCUGCAGAUCUAUCGUUGGGUUAUAUGAAGUCAAGGGUCAAAGGUUUAGGUGGCCUCAUCUUGGUUAGCAAGACAGGAGACUGGGUGGCAAAGUGGACCUCUGCCUCCAUGCCCUGGGCAGCCGCCAAGGACAGCAAGCUGCACUUUGGAAUUGAUCCUGACGAUACUACUAUCACAGACCUGGCCUAAGCCCCUGGAAGAUUGUGUUCCAGAUGCUAGCUUAGAGGAGGAGUACCAUCUCCUCAUGAGACACAGCCUAAUCAAUUAGAUCCAUAAUUGGAAACAAAUUGUGCAGUCUGUCACUUGUUUUGUUGCCUUAAUAAACAUCUGAAUGUUUGGUUGAGGGGCAGGUUCUGAAGUCAUGAGAGACAUGCCCGUGAGCCAUGAUUACUCUACCACACUCCAGCCUGGGCAACAGAGCGAGGUAUCAAAAAAAAAAAAGAAAAGAAAAGAAAGAAGAGAAGGAAAGCAGCAGCAUGAUCCUGACAUGACAGAUUUGGGAGACCCGCAGCAUGCAGACACUGUGGGCUGAAAGGUGGGGAGGGAGGCUCCGGCAGAGUUGGAGGCGUCUGGAAGUGAGACAAGAGCCACAGACACACUGGUGGGCGAAGUCCAGGUGACCCUCAGAAUGUUGCACAAGAACAUCAGGGAAAAGAACCAAAAUCCUUUAAGGGAAAUGUUCUCCAUGUAUGAGAGACUAAACUGAUUUUCCUAAGAAAGUUCAGAUCUUCCCUGACUUAUCUGGAUGUGUCCAGAUACUUCCAAAGGACCCAGAUACUUCCAAAUAAACCAUAGCUCCCUAACCUGGAGAUGGAAGGUCAUAAUGGAGAUGCUGUGGGAUUCCGUGAAGUUUCUUGGGUUCAGAGAUGAGCCUCCCUCCAUCAGUGUUCUCCCAUGAGCCAGACUCCACCUGCCAAAGACCCUCUGGUCCUCAUAUAGUGAGUGACAGUGCUCACAGCCUCUCCAGCAACAGAGAGGAGCCGACUGCUGUAGGGCUGACCCCAUGACUUCCUGCGUCCUCACCCUGUUUUGUGCUUUGAGAUUCUUCCCACCUCCCCAUCCCCACCAGCUGGAUCGGGCACUGUGCAGCGUGGUCAGCAUGGUGAAGAAAGUCAUUUCCUUGGGGACAGUAUUCCCCUUUAUCUCUUGUUACACUGGAAACGCGAUUCCGCUGUAAAAUCCAUGCCCAGUUUUUCAGUCUCUCAGAGCUCACCUUCUCUCUGGAAAGAAAUUGCCUAACUUUACAUUCCAUGUGCUGCUAAUAAAAUGUAUUUUGAAAGAGUAA